AUGUUGAAUCUAGCAACCUUAGGGAAGGUCACUACAACCAUCAUGUUGUUGAAGGCCAUGGCUAAUGUUUUGGUUGGAGUUUCGGACAACAACGUGGUGUACAGUCCAUGUUCAGACACUCAAAUAAGCAAAGGGGAUGGUUUCACCAUAGGUGUUGCAAUCUCAAGCAAAGAAGCUUUCUUCUUUAACCAAGUCCAGCUUUCCCCUUGUGAUUCUCGUCUUGGUUUAGCUGCGAAAAUGGCACAGCUGGCGCUUUUUAGACCUAAGGUGGACGAGAUCUCUCUUCUCUCCAUCGACACAAGUAAGUUUAACCCGAGUGAAGCAGGAGGACACAUGAUUGGGUUCGCAGGCUCGAAGUUCGCAGCAAGAUCUUAUCCUGUGAAGGUCGCUGAUGGAAACCACACAAUCACAUCUUUCACACUUGUAAUGAUUAAACCUUAA